AUGGCCCAACCACCGGCGCCAGCCACUGCAACAGUCACAAUCGCUAUCCCGAUCCUAGACAAUAUCUUUCAAUCUGUCCGUCAUCUAGAAGACGAAGUUCGCAAUGUCUCAACCCGCCUAAGCGCGCUAGAACUACAGCUAGCACAACAAACAAAGCAGUCUUCGUCUAAUGUCAUUGCCGAUCUACCUCAUGACAUCGCCGACGACACGACUCUUGGGCACGAAGAUCCUCGCCAGGAAGCAGAUCGUGUUGACGACGCAAACCUACAUGUCCAGACGAAUGAUCGCUUUCGCCGUGAUGAUCCCGCUCACAACCAGCAAGACGACAUCAUCCAGGAAGAUGAGAACAUCACUCGCACCCAGGAAGCCAACAUCAAUCACAAUCACGAAAGUGUCACUCAGCAAGUCGAUGCCAAUCACACUCAACAAGAUGAUGUCACUCAAGAAGACGAGAACAUCACUCAGGAAAUGGACUUGUCUCACGAAGACGCUGUCACUCACACUCACGAGGACAGAGAAAGCCCGGCCCGUGAAGAUGGCCAGAGCCUUAUUGUCAGCUCGUCUCCCAGUGUCGACGUCGGCAUCACUGCAAUGGCUAAACCAGUUGUUCCAGCACCUGCUGCUGCGACUGCUGCUGCUACUGCUGGUGGUGGAAAGAAACGCAAGCGCACGAUACACGACGCACCAGCCCACAUCGAUCGUUCGGGUUUCAUGAUUCGCAGCUCUGACGCCCGACUCGCCGAAGAGCGAAAUGGAGAAGUCAAGGGACCGUCAAGGUCUGAGUCUCCAUUCGACAACAGCAACAGAGACGGAUCCUCGGAUGGACUUGACCAGAUUCCACCUAAACCACCCGUAGGCACACAAUCACUAUCUUCGUCAAAACCAGAAGUCCGCCGACGCCAACCAAGAGCUCAGGAGGCUGGGCUCGAUGAGUUCGUCGCUCCGAAGGAAGAAGGCUUUACAAUUAGCCGAUACGGAAGGAUUAGAAACCAAACCCAAGGCCAAUCAGGCUUCGUGGCUACUCCAGCAAAAUUCAAAUAG